UCAAUUUAAGUAUGUAAAAUUUAGUUUAUAUUUAAAAAUUGUUUGUUAUGAAGUAGUAUUAUAAGUUUCUAAAAAUACAUGAAUGCGUACAUUAGGAAGGGCUGAAGGAGUACAUUAUCAUGUUUCACUAAAAUUUAAUUAUGUUUAUGAUAAAUUUGACAUGUGAAUAAUUAAAACAUUUCAUGUAGUUGUUAUGUCACUAACUCGGUUUUAUUGGUCAAUGGAAGCAGGUGAAUCCGAAAGAAAAUAAAAAGUCAAUGUAGACAAUGAAAGUAAUAUGAUUAGUUGAUUACAAUAAGAAUAGUAUUUUCUUUUGAACUUUUUGGGGGAAAUAUGUUUACUACUGGUUAAAGUGCAUAAGAUAGGACAAAAAUUUCACCUCGAGUCAUAACAUAAAGGCAUCGAACCUUCUCAUAAUGCUGAUCUCUUGUUUCGUCCCUGACCAGUCUCCUUGUCAGCAGAGUUAAAAGUUAACCCACUGCCCCAAAAAGAUAAUACCACUAUUUGUAGACGUCUAGUAACUAGAACAGCCUUUUGAGAGAUUCGUGUAAACAAAUUGAAAUAGGUUUUUGUGUAAAAUUAAAAUAUACUACUAGUAUAAACAGUUUUAAGAAAUGAACAAAAGGAAAAGGAAAGUGUUUUCUUCUGGUUUGACUUAAUAAGUUGGACCCCACUAAAUCUCGAUAAACAGAGUUGCUCUCUGCUUCUCGCUUCCGUGUCCUCUUGCCCUAUGUUUCCGUUCCUGAACUUUCCAUUUUUCCAAUAUUUUAUAAAACUAUUUUACAAACAAUAAUGCAAGAUAUAAAAUGUUUUCUUUUGUUAAUACAAAUUAAAAUACUGCAUAAAUAUAUAAGUAAAGUUCAAUCUUGAAAUGGGAAUAAUAGUUUGGGAUUUGGUUGUCUAGCUAAAAAAUAGGAGUCAUGUUAUAUUCAUGAUACUAUUAUUUAUUUAUUUAAUUUGUUGCUCAAAAAAAAAUUGUAUACGAAGACAAGUAAUGAACUGUUACUUUAUGUAUUUGAAAAUACCCGUGAAGUUAGUGGUGGUGUUCUUUGUCUUGUUGAUUUAAAUGGGGAUGCAUGGGAUUUGGCGAGAUCACAAAUAUAUUAUUCAUGGAAACUCAUUUAAUUAAUUUGCUUCAUUACCUCUGAUUCGUUUCUUCUUUUAAACUAAUCUUGAUUGACUUUGCAUGUCUGAAGGUUUAUAAUCAAUUAAUUACAGUCUCGGAAAAUCUGGAGAUUCAAGAGGCACCACUCUUCUUGGUGUAACUGUUAAAAAAAAAUCUUAAGUGAAAAUUUUCUCUCCUGUCAUCAUCAAUGGUCCAACCUGUAAUUCUCUUAUUCAUAACUCUCUCUAUCUCUUUUCCCCUUACAAAACAAAUCUCAUAAGAAAAAAGAAACAGAACAUCUCUCUCUGAGAGCUUCCAUGUCUGAAACCAACAAAGCUUGACUCUUUCCCCUCAAGUCUCCUCUUUCUUGCAAACCCAUGAAGUUUUCUCGGGAAAAUAUGAAUUGGGUUUUCUCAGAAAUCAAAACAACUCAGAACCUCCUCUCUCCUUCAUCACUUCCCCGACCACCACCAUUAACCAUCCGACCAAACACAAACUCCGACAUAAACAAGAUCAAUCCGAGCAUUCUCCUGAUAAUCAUCAUCCUCUCUAUCAUCUUCUUCCUCUCAGGUCUCCUUCAUCUCUUAGUCAGAUUCCUCCUCACACCGCGUAGAAGAGACAGAGAAGAUUACUUCGACAACGUCACUGCACUUCAAGGCCAGCUUCAGCAGCUUUUCCACCUCCACGACUCAGGAGUCGACCAAUCCUUCAUCGACACGUUACCUGUCUUCCACUACAAAUCCAUCAUCGGUCUUAAGAACUACCCUUUCGAUUGCGCGGUCUGUCUCUCUGAGUUCGAAACAGAGGACAAGCUCAGGCUUUUGCCUAAAUGCAGCCACGCCUUUCACAUGGAUUGUAUCGACACGUGGCUUCUCUCUCACUCUACUUGUCCCUUGUGCAGAUCGAGUCUCCUCUCCGACCUCUCUCCUCGACAAGACCCUCGUCCCUCUUUCCUCCUCGUUCUUGAGUCGGCGAGUGAUCAUAGCUCGAGAGAGAUUGUUGGAGAUAGAGAUGGUGCAGCUUGUGUGGCUGCGAGGGAUGCUGAUGAUGUGCAACCUAAUGCUCAUUCACGAUCCAGUUCUCAUCUGGGCAAUGAUCUUGGAUCGACCCGUGUGGAUUCGGGUCGUAAAGAUCAGUACCAAGAUGGUGAACUGGGUGGUUCGGUCGAAAAGGUUGUUCCCUUUGCGGUUAAGCUAGGGAAAUUUAGGAACACGGAUGUUGGAGAAGGAAGUAAUAUCAACAAUGACAUUGGUACUAGCAGCAUUAUAGUUGAAAGGAGAUGUUUUUCAAUGGGAUCAUAUGAGUAUAUUAUGGAUGAAGAAACCGCUCUUGAGGUUCAUGUUUCAACCAAGAAAGUAUCAAGCAAGAACCCUCGCUUGCCCGGCCACAGGACCGCCAUGUCCGAAUGCGGGUUUGAUUCUAGUGGGAGAGUGAAGUUUAAUGGGAGCGGCUCGAUGAGGAUCAUGGAAGAAGCGACCGAGAAGAGCGUAGUAGAAAGAGAGAGCUUUUCGGUAUCAAAAACUUGGCUAAGGGGUAAGAAGGAGAGACAGGGUAAGAUUCAAGGAAAAGAAGAUAGUUCAUUGGUUUCUUUGUAUUCGGGAAGAGCAUUCUCUUUCGGGUUUGAUAACCCGAAAGAGAAUGCGAAAAGCGAGAAUGGUUGUGAGGAAGAUAAUCAAAAGGUCGAAAAUGCAUCAUCUUUGGAGGUGAAAACACCAUCUUUUGCUAGGAGGACUAUGCUUUGGCUUGCAGGGAGACAAAACAGGGUUGUUCAUUCUUCUUCUGCUGCUAAUGUCUAGUUUCUAUAUCUUUUUUUCUUUUUCUUCUUUUUCCAUAUUUAAAUUUCUUUUUCAAUUGUUAUUUUGUGUUAGUCCCCAUAAGUUCAAAAACAGAUGAAUCAUUGUAGAAACGUGUGUUGAAAUAUAAAUAUUGGUAGGCAUAGAUUGUUAAACAUUUUGGUGCGUCAUGUUUUUGCAAAUCUUUUUCAGUUCUUAA